AAAAAAGACAUGAAUAAAAAAAUGAUCACGGCAUUUUAUUUGAUACUGAAUAUAUUCUUUUCCAUUGUAAUUGUAUUAUUGAAUAAAUGGCUCUACGUUCAUACUGGUUUUCCAAACAUUACGUUAUCUAUGAUACACUUUGUUAUUACUUCUAUCGGAUUAACAAUUUGUGAAAAGUUUGAUGUAUUUUGUAUAAAAGAUAUUGCGAUUAAAGAAAUGCUUUUAAUUGCAAUGACAUUUUGUGGAUUUGUUAUGUUAACAAAUUUAAGUUUAGCUCACAAUACUGUUGGAACUUAUCAAGUAGCUAAAAUGCUAACUACACCUUGUGUGAUAAUAAUGCAAAUAAUAUUUUAUAAUAAAAAAUUUAGUAUACUUGUUAAAUUAACAUUAAUUCCUAUUAUAUUAGGAGUAGUAAUUAAUUUUUGCUAUGAUAUAAAAUUUAAUAUUAUCGGAACAGUAUAUGCUACCAUGGGAGUAUUUGUAACAUCCUUAUACCAAGUGAUGGUAAAUAUAAAGCAAAGAGAGUUUCAAAUGGAUCCAAUGCAAUUGUUAUAUUAUCAAGCACCCCUAUCUGCUGUUAUGUUAUUCUGUAUUGUGCCAUUUUUAGAGCCUAUAGAACAAACAUUUACAAGAAGUUGGUCACUUGUAGAUAUAGUCAUGGUUGUACUAUCAUCUAUAAUAGCAUUUUUUGUUAACUUAACUUCCUAUUGGAUAAUUGGAAAAACAUCUCCAUUAACCUAUAAUAUGGUAGGACAUUCCAAAUUCUGCCUAUUACUUUUAGGUGGUUCGUUAAUUUUCCACGAAACACUGGCCAUAAAUCAAGUAAUUGGUAUAUCUUUAACCUUGGUUGGCAUUAUUUUGUAUGCCCAUGUUAAGAUGAAGGAUACUCAGGUCAUAGUACCAGAUUGUGAGGACAAAGAGAGAAAACCAUUGUAUAAAAUAUGAUUUUGUAUGACUAUUCAUAUACGAUUUAAUAGAGAUUAAAUUGCCUGA